AUGCCUGAGCGCUCUGGAUUGGGAAUGAUCUCAUUGCUCAUCAUGAUCACAGGUGCCGCAAGCAGCGACACUCCUGGGGAUCUCGAAAGUACAGCCCUGAGAAACCGGUUUUCAGGACUAGAAGAUCAGAUUCACAGCUUGAUGGCAGAGUUUGGUGUUAUUGAAAUGCUAGUAAAACAUCCACCAGCAACACCAGUCAUUCAAAACGCAUCAUUACAAUCGUGGAGUAUACAAUGUAAUCCUCAGGGUCUGUCUAUAGAGACGCACAUGAUAGCUGUGGAAUCAAUAUACUCAGCAUUAAUCAGAUUUGCACUCGACAAUGCAAUUCCGUCAAUUCCUCCAAGUAUACGAACACAUGGACAGCAACCACGCUGGUUAGUGCGUAACAAAACAAUAUUUCCUACAGUCAAACUUGGGCAUUUUACUAGUCUACUACCUUCCCCACAGUCUACAGAGAAUGUUGAGCUUGAUGGCCUCCUACCACCGCUAUUGCCCUUGUCAAUUGUCAAGUCACUACUGGAACUGUAUUCAACCUGCUUACUACAUGGAGGAUUACAGCCAUUUCAGAAAUUGUAUAUGAAUAGGCUAAUGGAAUUUAACCCAGAAACGAUGCCUGCAGCGGAUCAGUUUUUGUAUGCAUCGAUCAUAUGUCAGAUGGUGACGCAUGCUUACACAUGGCACCCAAAGGUGUUUACAUCGAUGCCGAUGACCAAAGCCGGAAGUCGCCGGCUGGCAAGUCAAUACUAUGCUUAUGCCAAACAUCUGUUGUCUACUUUGUAUUUUGAGCCACCUACGCUAGUGGCAUGUCACGCAGCAUGUAAUCUAGUGCUUUAUCACCUUGAGAGUGGUCAAACAGCCGUACUCUACAUCUACUCUGGAAUUGCUGUGCGGAUGGCAGCCGCACUCCAACUGUACAGCCCCAAAGGUAUUGAGCGUGCAGCAAAAGCAGAAGCAGGCAAUCUUCCAGUAGUAGAAGUGGAAGAGUAUGGCCGAUCUGUACUUUGGUUGCUUUAUUUUCUCGACACAGCUGCGUCUCACUUGCAUUCUCGACCCUAUGAAGUACGUCCAGAUGAGCCAGAAAUAUCCAGCAUACUUUCACAGGGUCCAUUUCCUUUUAAUGGUGAUGCGCAUCAGCACUUGUUUCAAUGGCUAGAAUACCAAGCUUGUGCAAUUACUCGUACUAUCCGCAAGACCUGCUUUGACAGCAGUGUAGAACAAAUUCCAUAUGACGCUAUUGCCGACAUUGAACAUCGUUUGACAGCAUUCGGAGUAUCAUUACCGCCUCUUGAAGCGACUGACUCAGUAUGGAAUCUGCGGUGCCAAUACGUACAUCGGAUCAAAUACCAAGGACUUUGGAUUCUUCUCCAUCAAACAUAUUUGCCAGCUCCGAUUUCAGAUAAGCGAUGCACAGACGCAGCCCUUGCCAUUGUCGAUCUAUUUGAAGCCUGGCUGCCACACAUUGAUUGCUACUUUAGACCUUGUGUUCAUGAACUUCGGCAAGCAAGUGAUAUUCUAUUGUAUCAUGUCGAAGGUCCACUUAAAACAAUUGCUCUGGACGGACUGGAAAAAUUAGUAAAAGUCGUGUUACAGACACCGGUGCACGCUAUUGCACGUACAAGACCUUUUGUUCAACGACUACAGCAGGUACUGGCACUACAUGGGCGAACCACAGACUAA